AUGUGUUUAGUUUCAACUGCAACGUUUCUUUUAACGGUAUCAUUCUCUGUUUUUGUUCUUGUAUUUUUUUCAUUUGUCAUUUGCUUAUUUCGUUUCUUUAAACGCAUUCGGAAAAAGAACAAUGAAUGUGACAGUUCACAGCAGCCUCUUCUUCCUUCGUACAAACGGAUACCAUACUACACUCAGCCUCACAUGAACCCUUUUGGCCCACAUGGACCGGCUCAUAGAACAUUGCCCUUUUGUCGAGGACCUGCUUACAAUGCCAAGCAAAUGUCUUCUGGAAACACUAUGCCUCCUGCAGAUUGCAAAAGAAAAAGCAAUUGGGGAAAACAAAGAAGUCUUCUUCUAGCAAAGCCAACGGAUAAUUGCUGA